GUGUUUUUAGGUGCGAUGAGAAACCGGAGUACUCGGAGGAAGGCGCUAAAGACGAAAGGAAACAGUUUUGUGCGAGAAAUGUCAACUCUUAACCAAAACUUUUUGCUCGUCGCUGCAAUCGACUUUGGCACGGCGUAUUCAGGUUACGCAUUUUCCUCAAAAGAGGAUUUCAAGACUGACCCUUUGAAGAUAUCAGCAAAUACGUGGAUUGGUGGCACACUGAUGUCCUUAAAGACCUCUACAUGCGUCUUGUUUGAUAAAGAAAAGAAGUUUUACAAAUUUGGUUAUGAUGCGGAAGAUGCUUAUGCGAAUUUGGCGCUGGACGACAAACACAAUGACUACUACUACUUCAGACGCUUUAAAAUGGAGCUUUUCAACAAGCUGAAACUUAAACGACGAUUCAUGCUAGAAGAUGUAAUGGGAAAAAAGAUGUUGGCAAUGGAUGUGUUUUCCGCGUGCAUUAAGUUCCUAAAGGACGAUCUAAUGACGAAGGUUUGUCUGCAACUGCCCGACGCUGAUGAAACUGAUAUUCGCUGGGUUCUCACCGUCCCUGCGAUCUGGAACGACGUUUCGAAACAGUUCAUGCGAGAAGCCGCUGAGAAGGCUGGUAUAGCCAAUGAGAGCCUUCUAAUGGCUCUGGAACCAGAGGCUGCUUCGCUAUGCUGCCGUUAUUCAUCGAUGACGUCAUUGAAAGGUUCACAGAAGUUUAUGCCAUUUCAGCCGGGAACAAAAUACUUGAUUUUCGAUGCGGGCGGCGGCACCGUUGAUAUAACUGUACAUGAGGUGUUGCAAGGAGGAGGUCUAAAGGAGUUGUACGCAGCAAAUGGCGGUGACUGGGGUGGAACAUACGUCGACAGAGCCUUCAGGGUUCUUCUUGCUGACAUCGUUGGCAAUGACAUAAUUACAGAGUUAGAAACAACUCACACGUCUGACUACAUCGAUAUUUUUAGGGAAUUUGAGACAAUGAAAAGAAAAUUCUCCGUGUCCAUGGCUGACAAAAUAACAUUUAAAGUCCCAAUUGCUUUAAAUGACCUGUUUAAAGCUAAACACGGCAAAGAUAUAAAAGAACAUUUGCGUUCUUUGCCGAAGUUCCAGGACAAAAUAACAUGGAUCAGCGACAAGCUGCGAAUGGAUGCCGAGGUUGCAAAAGGUUUAUUUAAAGAGGCAUGUACAAGCGCUGCGUCGCACCUGGAAGCUUUGUUUAUGAGAGCUGAAGUGAAGGACGUGGACACGGUUUUGAUGGUUGGGGGCUUCUCUGAAUCGCCGAUGCUUCAGAAAUACGUGCAAGACGCCGUUCCUUCAAGCAAAAAAUUCAUCAUACCAAACGAAGCAGGAUUAGCAGUUCUUAAAGGCGCUGUAAUAUUCGGACACAGUCCUUUGGUCAUCAAAGAGCGCCGCUCGAGAUAUACGUAUGGAGUACGGUCAUCAAUUCCAUUUCAAGUUGGGAAACACCCAGAAUCGAAGAAGUUCAGAAGUGACGACGGCAAUGACUACUGUUCGGACAUUUUUGAUGUCCAUGUUAAGAUUGGGCAAGAAUUGGUUGUAGGAGAUACAAACGUUGUGGAAAAAUAUACACCAGUCAAGACAAAGCAACAACAGAUGACGUUCAGGUUCUACGCUUCAACGGAUCGUGACCCAACUUUCACUACGGACGGAAAUUGCACCGACAUUGGUCAGCUGACCGUUGAUCUUGCUGGCUCAGGCACAGAUCGCUCUGUCAGUGUUAAGAUGAUUUUUGGAGACACGGAAUUGCACGUGGAAGCUGUUGAAACCGCGACCGGCAAACGGUCAGAAUGUUCCCUUAAUUUUCUCGUAUAAAUUGAUCACUGACACUAAAUUUGUCAGAAACAUGUUCUUGCAUGUGCACGCGCAUGAAACUGUUUGUUAUGUUAUAUUUAAACUGCUAUGUCAGUAGCAACUUUUAGAUUAUGUAACGUGUAUUCAAUGAUCGUUAGCGUACUCAGUAUAUCUUGAUAAUUUGAAUGCCAUUUAUAUUUUUUCAAUAAUUCAAUUGGUCAGACAAAACAAAUUACCCGUUCUUGCAUAUGAUAAUAUAAUGUUAUGCAAUAUAUGCAGGUGUUUUUAAUCCGAUCGACAUUAAAAUGAUUAUUGAUAUGUUACUUUAUGGUUAAACAGUCCUUUUAGUAAAAUAUUUAAGCUUGCUAUUUCCUAAAAAUAGAAUUAUCAGUCAAAUUUACAACCAUGGGUCUCGCCUGACUGUAUUUUCGACUUUUUGUAUUUGUUUUAUUUUAUCAAUAAAUAUUUUAUUUCAUAAAAUUAAUAAACUUAUGUUUUUGAUUGCAUAGACAUAUUUUUUUAAUCAAAAUAUAAAAAAGAUACACAGAUGAUUUACGAUUGCGUGUUUAUUAAUGUGUAAACUUGUUUCAAUUGUUUUUCAAAUACAAUUGUGUCAAUUUUUC